CGCAACAAGCAUGGCCGUGGCCAUGUCAAGUUCAUCCGCUGCUCCAACUGCGGCAAAUGCUGUCCCAAGGACAAAGCCAUCAAGAGGUUUCUUGUGAGGAACAUUGUUGAGCAAGCUGCUGUUAGGGAUGUCCAAGAAGCCUGUGCUUUUGACAGUUACACAUUACCCAAGCUGUAUGUGAAGAUGCAGUACUGUGUGUCGUGUGCUAUUCACUCCAAAGUUGUCAGGGUUCGCUCUCGCACUGAUAGGAGGAACCGUGAGCCUCCACAGCGCUUCAGGCGCAGGGAUGAUAUGCCAAAGCCAGGUCAAGCACCACGCCCUGCUGGUGGAGCACCAGCUCCUCCUCGUACCUAAAAAACCACUGCUUGUUUUGGUCUAGUACUGAGCUUUGGUUAUAUUUAGGUGGAGUUUCAUUAUGGCUUUUAUAUGAGAACCUUUUGAUCUUAAGCAUUACUUUUGUUUUAGUUGUAUCUCGGUUAAUACCAUGCUAAAUUCAAUGGGAUCCACAGUUUUUGCAUUUUUAGUGAAAUUUUGUCUUUGUUUGUGACUUCCAUUCGAAUUUAUUUGUACAAGCAUCAUUUCAUUGUGAGACCUUGCUUUUUGUGUAAUUGGAAGAGUUGGAAAAAUUAAUAAUUUUUGUCGA